CCCAGUUUCAACACCACCCACCUACACUAGUGCUGACAGUGGUCAAGGGGAAGCUCCAUAAGACACACUGUUCUCUAUCACAGCUGACUGGAGGAGAGUGUAGGAUGGCAGACUUUGCACUUUACUCAUACCAGGAAGAAGUGGUUGAAAGGGCCCUUCGAAGAGAGAACAUCAUUAUCUGGCUGCCAACAGGAGGGGGGAAGACUCGUGCUGCUGUGUAUGUGGCAAAAAAACACCUGGAGACUACUGAACGGGCUAAAGUGGUGGUCCUGGUAAACACGGUUCACCUCGUGGAACAACAUUUCCACAAAGAGCUCAAACCUCACCUGGGCCAUGAAUACAAGAUGGAGGCAGUCAGUGGAGACAGUAAAGAGAGUAACUUCUUUGGAAAAGUGGUGGAAGAAUCAGAUGUGGUCAUCUGCACUGCACAGAUCUUAUUUAAUGCGCUGACUAACAUGGAGGAAAAUGCACAUGUUGAGCUCUCAGACAUUACUCUACUGAUUAUUGAUGAGUGCCACCACACCCAAAAAGAGAAUGUCUACAACGAGAUUAUGAGAUGCUAUCUGGAGAAAAAGUUGAGAGGAGAUCCAAAACUGCCACAGGUCCUGGGUCUCACUGCAUCACCGGGGACAGGGGGUGCAAAGAAUCUGGAAGGGGCUGUAGAGCAUGUACUGCAGAUUUGUGCCAACCUGGACUCAGCCAUAGUUUCAACUAAAGACUGCACUACCGAGCUGAAGGAGAAGGUACCCAGACCCUUUAAGUCAAUGGAUAUUGUGGACAAAAGGCCUCAGGAUCCAUUUGGGGAUCAUCUGAAGGGGAUGAUGCAGAAGAUCCAUGAUUUCAUGACCCUGCCUCCAGACUUCAGACUGAGAGAGUGUGGCACACAAGAAUAUGAGCAAGAUGUGAUGACACUAGAGCAGAGAGGGGUAAAAGAACAGAACAGAAUUCUGGCACAAUGUGCACUCCAUCUCAGGGAGUACAACGACACCCUGCUCAUCAAUGACACCCUGCGAAUGAUGGACGCUUAUCGCUCCUUAGAGGAUUUCUACGAUACCAAGACCGAAAAUUCCAUGGAUGAGACAGACGACUUCCUGGUGGGACUUUUCCAAGAUAAUCAAGUGAAGCUGAGGAAAAUAGCAAAAAAUUCUCAAUAUGAGAACCCCAAGAUGGGCAAACUUGAAACUGUUCUUCGAAACCAGUUUGGUCCAGAUGUGGAAUCAAGGGGAAUCCUUUUCUGUAAAACUCGUAAAAGCACCCACUGCCUGAAUGAUUGGGUCCUCAACAAUAGAGUUUUACGGGAAUCUGGCAUAAAGGCAGCAGUCCUCACAGGGGCUGGAGGUGGCAAAAGUCACAUGACACAGAAUGAGCAGACAGACACAAUCCGCAAAUUUCGCCAGGGUGCUCUCAACCUCCUGAUCUCCACCAGUGUGGCUGAAGAAGGCCUUGACAUACCUGAAUGCAACGUGGUGGUACGCUAUGGACUGCUUACAAAUGAGAUUGCCCAGCAGCAGGCCAGAGGACGUGCCCGAGCACCAGAAGCCGAGUACUCAGUGGUUGCUCAGACAGGGGGACAAGAAGUGCGCAGAGAGCACAUCAAUGAACUUUUGGAAGAGCUGACUGGACGAGCCAUUGCUAAAGUCCAAGAAAUGAGCAUCCAUGACUUUCGCACAAAGAUUAAUGAGCUUCAGAAAGAGGCACUUAUUGGCAGAAAAGUUGCAGAUAUGCACAAAAUGGAGAAGAGGGGUCGCUUCAAUGCCUCUGCAGUCAAACUUUUCUGUCGAGGCUGUUUCAAGUCUGUGGCCUCUGGAAGUGAUAUUAAACUUGUUGAAGAUACGCGCUAUGUCAAUGUGAACCCUGAAUUUCAGAAGCACUACAAACUUGGUGAGCAGGUUAUUAAAGACAAGACGUUUGGGAACUGGGAGCCUGGGCGCAAACUAAUUUGCAAUAACUGCAACAAGGAGUGGGGAUAUGAGAUAAAGUACAAGAAGUAUACCAUGCUGCCCAAAAUAGCCAUCAGGAACUUUGCCCUGGAGACCCCUGAGGGAAAUAUGCUUGUGAAGAAGUGGAAGGAUGUUCCUUUCACCGUUGAAGAGUUCAACUUUGAAGAGUAUGCAAAAGACAACUUCCCUGAAAUGACCAUUGGUUGACACACCAACAGACCUCUGUGUGGGUUUUUUCCCCAUUUCCAAGUCAGUCUUCAUGUUUUUUUCCCCCAUUUUCAGCUGUAACUUAGAUGGUCUGUGCUC